AUGAUGUAAACUACUCUUCAUUUUUUGAUACCAUGUCACAUGAAAUAUCAAAGAAUGUCAAAGUUCCUGGUUAUGUUGAUCUGAUAACUGCUGAUUUCUCAUCAAGCACACCAGUGCAAAAGAUCGUAUCGCAAAUCGCUUUGAUGUCUUCAUUACAGGAGUUCUUUGAAUACAGAAUGUGUUUAAUGUGUGGCAUACCAGCUGUUGAAAUGCUUGGCACUGAGGAAGAUUGGAGGAAACUUAUUGAAAAACUAGAUGCACUCCAAAAUCUUCUUAAACCGAUUGAGCUUGAGCUGUGUUUACCACAAAAUUGGUGGAAACUGGCAGAAAAUAUAUUUAAAAAACUGCUUGCAACUUACUGUGGUGAACCUGAUUGCGAAUGGUGGUCAAAAAUUGUCAGCGAAGAAAACUUUGGUUCAGGAUUUCGGCGCUAUGAAGGAUGGAUCCCACGGUUCAUGGAAAAAACAGAAUAUUCUGUACGUAUCGAUAAGUUUACAGGUGGACUUGUCACGGUACCGCUAACUCUUUCACAUCCGUCAGGUUUAGCUGAUGAGGCUGCGUUAGUUGCUGGAUGUCUGGGUUAUAACAUUCACGAGAAUGAUGACAACAUACCAUCUGUACAGCCUUAUCAAGGAUGGUGUCUUAUGUUGCCAAAGAAUUCACCAUUUCGAGUCGAACACCAAUGAUUGAGCGAUUUUGAACAAUCUUGCUACGUUUUUAAGACAAAAUAAAUAAUCGCUACUCUCUACUUAUUAUAGACAGCAGAAUGUAUGAAAAAAAAACUGAUGUUAUUUAGUCGUUCUACCUACGUAAAAUAUGAAGAAAUAAAUUAUUUUUGAAAAUGAA